AUGACUACACGAGGCAUUGUCAACAUCGGCCCAGCUCAAGCUGAGAUUCAGGAAAUUACCAUCCCUAAGCUAGAGCCUGAUUACAUCAAGGUCAAACCUACCGCUUGGGCUAUCAACCCGGAUGAUGUUUAUCAUCUUGAUUUAGAAGGAGAGGAGAGUUGUGCUGGCUCUCUCGUUGGAUCAGACUACGCCGGCACUGUUGUUGAGGUGGGAUCUGCUGUAACUAAAGACUUCAAGAUUGGAGACCGCAUUGCUGGGGUAAUUUCUGGACAGAAUACUCUACAAAAGAGCUAUGGUGCUUUUGCCAAUGUCAUUGUGGUCAAAGGAGAUAUUCAAAUGAAGAUACCCGACAAUAUGAGUGAUGAAGAUGCCGCUACACAGGGAAUUGCCCUAGUCACAAUGGGCGUUGGCUUAUACCGCACUUUGAAGCUUCCUCUCCCAGAAGAACCACGAAGCUAUUUCAUCUUUAUCUAUGGCGGCAGCACAGCUAUGGGCAUAUCGGCAAUUCAAUUCGUCAAGUUAUCUGGCGGCACAGUAAUCACAACUUCAUCGCCUUCCAAUGCCGAAUAUCUCAAGUCCUUGGGUGCAGAUUGUGUUCUUGAUUAUAAGUCCACCACUCUGGUUGAAGAUGUACUACGUAUAGCCAACGGGCCAGUACAAUACGUAUUCGACACCUACCCAAGCGACACCAGCACAGCCACAUCUGCAGCAGUAUUGAGUCAAUCUGAUGCGAAAUAUGUCACAUUGAUACCUGGUUUCGAAAAAGAGGUCAAGAAACUCAAUCCUUCGGUUGAUGCGCAGUCCAUCCUAGCAUACUCAGCCUUUGGCGAUCCUUGGAUGUAUGAGAAGGAGUAUUUCCUCGCUGUGCCGGGAGACUAUGAAUUUCAGAAAAAGUUCGUUCCAGUGGCCGAAAGACUAUUCGCUGAAGGAAAGGUCAAGGCGCCGCGCAUUUUCCUCAAUCGAGGGGGAAGUGGUUUGGAGGGAAUUUUACGAGGAUUGGAAGAAAUGAGAGAUGGGAGAGUGAGUGGUGGGAAACUGGUGUAUACUGAGUGA